AUGCAGCGCCAGAAUAGGUACCCGGAGAGAUCGGGGGCGAUGACGAGAGAGAAGCGAGGGCUGGAUCAGGUUGAUGCGGAGGAAAGGCAGCAGGAUGCGAAACGGUCAAAGGUUCCGGCUCUCGCAAGGUUUGCCUCGGUGCUUGGUACACCUAUUAUGUCGCUGUCCUUUAAUUUCGCCUUCUUUCUAAUUUGACUUGUGACUUUCUUGUGAGCGCAAUGGUCUCCUCAGAAGAAAUUUCUGAGAAUAUUCUUCGAUUACAAAGUAGAAGAGGGGAUAUACAAUUUGUUCGUUCUAAAUCUGUCUUUUUUUUCUCCUGCUAAAGAGUAAUGUGUUCCACAACAUGCUCCAAGGAAGGGGCAUUGUGUAUUUCAAGAAAUGGGUGUAGUUAACUAUCGAGGAAGCCAAUAACGUUUAUUUAUCUUUAGUAAACUCAUGGCUUGAAGAGGGACAGUGUUUCUUCGAGAAUGCUGUCUCGGGUACUUGUUCUAUGUUACCGGUCUAAGAUUGGGGUUUUGCUUUGUCAGGACUAUUUUGACCACUUUAGACUCAUACGAUGCCCUUCUUUUGGUUCUCUUUUAUUCCUACUCUCCCUUCUCCAAGAUAAACUAGGUGCUGCGCUCGUAUAUUUAUAUUAUCCUGAACAGAUGAAAAUUACAGGAAGAAACGUUUAUCUCAUACUGUUAACCGAACAUGAGUUCUUUUUGAGUAUGUUCGAAGUGAAAGUAUCGUACUUUGUGGCUCUGAAGUUCUUAAAAAUGUUGCCCAUCGCUCAUUGGCUGCGACUGCGUUUUUCCUGGUUCGGUUCAAGAUUUUUACCCGAUCAGUCAUCUUUGCCUUUUCCAUGUUGAUUAUCCUUUUUCGUCCUGACUUAGUUUACUUACAAGUUUUCUAAACGAUCUGUUGUUGAGUGAAUUUUUUUCCCACCUAUUUCGCUGUAUCAUGGCUUUGAUUUCUCUCCCUAUUUCGAGCUGUGAAAGAUGGUGUUACUUGGGAGAAUAUUUUCUUCAUUCUUUAAUUCUUGUCCCUAUCGACGAAUCCUAUUCUGAUUGUGAUAGUACGUAGUUGCCCACUGGUUUCAGUUUUCCUUUUGCUUCUUCCCCUUAGUAUUACCUCCUUAUCAUGCCAAUAUUAAGAUAUGCGUUAUUGGCAGUGUCAUUGUGGAAGCACUGAAGGUUGAUAGCCUGCAAAAGCUUUGCUCAUCUUUGGAGCCUGUACUUCGCAGAGUGGUAUGAUGAUCUCUCGUUAAUGAUCAUUGUUGUAUUGUUAAUAUUGCAUCUAGACUAUCAACCUUGUUUGGCAAUUUACUUUCCCCACUUCUUACGUCAGCUGAUGGCAUUGCUUUCUAGCUCAUACAAAUUAGUGGUAUCUACCUAGUGUGUGAGACAGUCUAAGGUUGUAUCAAUGCAUGAGAUUGUUUUUAACUGUUGGGAUUACAGAGUGUUAUAUUAGAGUUUUAAUUUUUUAUCCAUGGUCUUUAUUUAUUCAAUCUAAUGCCAAGUAGGUCAGUGAAGAAGUGGAGCGUGCUCUGGCAAAACUAGGCCCUGCCAGACUCAAUGGAAGGUGAAGCGUCGUUUCUCGAUUUUCCUGUAGUCAAAUACUUUCAGAUAAAUUUUCUGUUUUUUCUUCGUUUAAAGAGUUAAAUCUAAGAGAAAUUUGGUGGCUUCAAUUUUAAAUGAUGACUUUUCUCUGACUUUUUAUACGUCGGAUGAUUUAUAGAUCUUAAUACCUUUUUAAUUUUUGUCGAUGGAGUAAAAAGGGAAUCCUGUCCAUUAGCCCCUGGAAAUGAUCACAAAAACAGGAAAAUGUUUUGCAUGGAUAAGUGAAAUUUUCGGUGAAUGGCAUCUUUACGUUUCCUUUUGGACUGUGAAUCUUAAAUGUCAGAAACAUCAUGGAUCAUUUAGUGGACUCUAGUUUUUUCCCUUUUGCCAUCGCUUAAUGCUGCGAUUUGUUUCGGUGAAUGACAUCUUCCUGCCUAUAAUUUUUUCUUCACUUCUUUAUUCUUUAUUUCGAUUUGUAUCAUUUCGUGUCCUUCCCUUUUUUUUCCCCAGCUUUGUUUCACGGCUCUUGUAUGUGCUUUAUCGUGUACUGCAGAUUAGCAUUGCACAGAGAAGUUAGGACGGUUUAUUUCUUUUUCGUUCAUUGUGGGACUUUAGAUUGUAUUCUUGAUUCAUGUUCUGAGUGACUAGUCUAUUUGUAUGGUGGGUAAAUUUUUUUCAAAUUUGGGCUUCAGUAUUCUCUCAUUCUUUUGCACGUUUUGGUUGGCCAUUCAGGCGUUAAAGUGAUGUGUAUUUGAAUUUUAUUAGUUUCAAGUCACUCUAUAGGAAUUAUAAUUCUGUGUGGGAAUGAUCUAAUUCCUUCUGUGCAUCUCAACAUCUUACUGGAUGCGUCUUUUUGUUAUUUCUUCAUUAAUCUGAAGGAGGCUUCUUCAGUGUUAUGUAAGCAUGGGCGAUCUCCCUGAUUAAUUGAGUUAACAUUGUAUGCAUACUAGGAUUACCGAAGGACUAAAAUCCAUGUUGACUUUGAAAUCAAGUGCUCUGGGAACCUUUGGUUUUUCUUUGGCAUCAUAAACUCUUAUCAAGCUGUACCCAUCUGACUGUCUGCAUCGUGUUUAUGUAAUGCAGGGCUUCUCCGAAAAGAAUUGAAGGGCCCGAUGGCAGGAAUCUACAGCUUCAUUUCAGGACUCGGUUGUCUCUACCCUUAUUCACAGGAGGAAAAGUAGAAGGGGAACAGGGAGCCGCAAUCCAUGUUGUCCUGCUCGAUGCAAGCACCGGGCGUGUUGUAACGUCAGGAAAUGAAUCAUCCGCAAAAUUGGACGUUGUUGUGCUCGAGGGGGAUUUUAACAACGAAGAUGAUGACGACUGGACAGAGGAAGACUUUGAAAGUCAUGUUGUCAAAGAGCGUGAAGGGAAAAGACCUCUUCUGACCGGAGAUCUGCAAGUUUCCUUGAAGGAAGGUGUAGGAACGAUUGGAGAUCUCACAUUUACCGACAAUUCGAGCUGGAUACGAAGCAGGAAAUUCAGGCUAGGAUUGAAAAUCGCGUCAGGCUUCUGCGAAGGCAUUCGCAUUCGUGAGGCAAAAACAGAAGCAUUCACUGUCAAGGAUCACCGUGGAGAAUGUAUGCCUUCUGCGCGUGGUUUUUCAUUUUCAUACGAAAUUUCUUUGUUCUAUGGACCAUAAAAGAUGUUAUUAUUCCUCUUUGCAGUGUAUAAGAAGCACUAUCCACCCGCACUGAAGGAUGAGGUCUGGAGAUUGGAGAAGAUUGGGAAAGAUGGGUCAUUUCACCGGAGGUUGAAUAAGGCUGAAAUCUACACAGUCGAGGAUUUUCUACGCUACGUAGUUAAAGAUUCACAAAAAUUGCGGAAUGUAUGAUUCUUGGAUUUCUUUAUUAGAUAACGCAGUAAUUCACCUUUUUUUUGUUUUUAUUGCUCUAAUUUCCUUUUUUAUUUUGAUUUUUGACUGAUUGUAGAUACUCGGAAGCGGCAUGUCAAAUAAAAUGUGGGACAGUCUUGUCGAGCACGCCAAGACUUGCGUCUUGAGUGGAAAGCUUUAUGUCUAUUAUCCUGACGAUUCGAGGAACGUCGGUGUUGUUUUCAACAACAUAUAUGAAUUUAGUGGAUUGAUUGCUAGCGGCCAGUAUCAUUCCGCAGAAAGUCUUCCCGACACUCAAAAGGUCAGUUUUUCAUCCUUUUUGAUGUGAAUUACAGUCCUUGCAUACAUGGUCGGAUUUACGACGCUCUAUAUUUAUUUUAAGAAUCAUCAGAAGAGAUGAUCCUCUGCUUCAGACCACGAUUACUGAGAAAUGUUGCAUGCGUUCUUGUGCUUAUCAUGCGAGCAGAUCCGACCCAGAUCUGGGUCGACGCUGAAUUUUGAUGUCAAUGUGGUUCGAUCAGUGGGGAUUCUGAUGCAAACUGAGCAUGCUAAAAUUUAAUGAAUGAGGCUUCUCGUUCUUGCUCUGUUCAUGAUUCGAAUCAGAAGGGGGGACUAAUCAUACUAUCAGCAGAAUUAUUUCCCUUUGGUUCUGCUCUUUUGGCCUACUGAUCAAGAAAAGGAAUGUUUAUUGGUUUGCCCAGAUGAUUAUUUACCCUGCAAUUUUUAUUUUAUUUCGGAUUUCGGGUUUAGGGUUUCUACCCAUGUUCUUGCUGAAAGGAUUGCACUCUUGAGAAGGAUGGGGUCGACCUCCUUUUAACCAUUUUCUUCUCCGCCCACUCCCUUUUUAUGCUACCAGAUUUUCGUGGAUUCACUCGUGAAGAAGGCGUAUGAGAACUGGAUGCACGUCAUAGAAUACGACGGCAAGGCGCUGCUGAACAGCAAGCAGAGCAAGAGGGCGGCCACUUCCCGAUUAGUGGAAGCUCCCGCUGCACCGUCUAUGAAUUAUCCAUCCUAUGAUCAGCAGGUUUCUCUUCCAGUUCCUGUCCCACCUCCCCAGCAUCCUCCCAUGGACCCCGCCCUGGGCGUUGGAGGUAAUCCUACCACCCCUCCCUCUCUCUCUCUCUCUCUCUCUCUCUCUCUCUCUCUCUCUCUCUCUACUGCGUCACUGUAGAACAGACCCAGAAAAGAAGACAGGGAGAGGGAGGAUGAACUGGUCUAAUUGGCGGCGAUCUGGCGUGGUUUGUUUUGCAGUCGGGAUGUCUGCGGCUUAUGGUGAGGAGGAUCUAAGGGGAUACGCCGGGGGGCACCAAGAACAGAUGGCGCCGCCCGAGUCGGCCGCCCACCAAUUCGACGACGGCGGCGGCGAGUUCAGCGCGCAGGGCCUCCACCUGGCGGGUUCCUCCCACCAUGCCCCGCAUUUUCGGAGGGACGACGGCGGCGGCGGGUUUUUGAUGGGCCAGCACGUGGCGCCGUCCCUGCAGGCCCCGAGCGCCAGCGCCGGUGCCUUCGACGGCUGGGCCUCCCGCCGCGACAGCCACGGCGGCGUGGAGGACAUCUUCUCCUCCGAGGAGGAGAUCCGGAUGAGGAGCCACGAGAUGCUGGAGAACGAGGACAUGCAGAACCUGCUGCGGGUCUUCAGCAUGGGCGGCGGCGGCGGCGCAGGCGGCGGUUCCCUGGUGGAGGACGGCUACUACUCAUUCGCGCCGCCGUCUCCGCUGCAGAAUUACAGCUUCGACGAGGACCGCGGCCGCUCCUCCGGGAAGGCCGUCGUCGGGUGGCUCAAGAUCAAGGCGGCGAUGCGGUGGGGCAUCUUCAUCCGCAAGAAGGCCGCUGAGAAGAGGAGGGCCCAGCUGGUCGAGCUGGAGGAUUGA